CUUCAUUACAGAGUCACAGUUUGGUCACGGGACUAGGCUGUGUGCGAUUGUAGGUGGCUGUGGUCGAUUGGGAUCGUGCAGUAGCUGUUCCUGGACCUAACAAAAACAACGGAACGAUGAAGGACUGGAUGUUCAACAUUCAUGAUGGCUACCUUGAAAGCCUGUGCCGUGGAUUUAAGAAUGGAAUUCUAAAGAACAAUGACUAUCUAAAUUUGGUUCAGUGUGAAACUUUAGAAGACCUGAAGCUGCACCUGCAAAGCACAGACUAUGGCCACUUCCUGGCCAACGAGCCAGGCCCGCUGUCUGUGGCCACCAUCGACGACCGGCUGAGAGACAAGCUGGUGGUGGAGAUCGAACACAUCCGCAACCACUCUGUCGAGCCGCUGUCGACUUUUAUCGAUUACAUCACAUAUGGCUACAUGAUCGACAACAUCAUCCUGCUGAUCACGGGCACGCUGCACCAGCGGCCGCUGUCCGAGCUGCUGCCCAAGUGCCACCCGCUGGGCAGCUUCGAGCAGAUGGAGGCCAUCCACGUGGCGUCGACGCCGGCGGAGCUUUACAGUGCCGUGCUGGUGGACACCCCGCUCGCGCCCUUUUUCGUGGACUGCAUCUCUGAGCAGGACCUGGACGAGAUGAACAUCGAGAUCAUCCGUAACACGCUGUACAAGGCGUACCUGGAGUCGUUCUACGAGUUCUGCGAGGGCAUCGGUGGCACGACGGCCGACGUCAUGUGCGAGAUCCUGGCCUUUGAGGCCGACCGGCGCGCCAUCAUCAUCACCAUCAACUCGUUCGGCACCGAGCUGAGCAAGGACGACCGCAGCAAGCUGUACCCGCGCUGCGGCAAGCUCAACCCGGACGGCAUCGCCGCCCUGGCCCGCGCCGACGACUACGAGCAGGUCAAGGCCGUCGCCGAGUACUACGGGGAGUACCGAGCCCUGUUCGACGAGGCCGGCAACAACCCCGGCGACAAGACCCUGGAGGACAAGUUCUUCGAGCGUGAGGUUCGCCUCAACAUCAACGCGUUCCUGCAGCAGUUCCACUACGGCACCUUCUACUCGUACCUGAAGCUGAAGGAACAGGAGUGCCGGAACAUCGUCUGGAUCGCCGAGUGUGUAUCGCAGAAGCACAAGGCUAAGAUCGACAACUACAUCCCCAUUUGGUAGACUAGCAUGACAAGGACGCUGUCUGACCGCGCUGAUUGACGGAGGCGACUCGGGUAAUGGUGAUGAUUGAUGGAGGCAGCAGAGCAGGUGACGUUGAUUGGCGGAGACGGCAGAGCAGGCGGCGCUGAUUGGCGGAGUGGCCCUUGCGGUUGACGCCAACCGGCGAAGCUUGCAAACGCGGCACUGGCUGGCUGAAACUCCCCUCCCCUUAUCCCUCCCUCCUCCCCUCCCCCUUACCCCAUCCUAGGGGCACAGUCCCGAGUUGGAAGUCUCGUUCCGGACCGCACAUCUGACUUUGGACAUUGGCAACAACUUGUACAGUUGCGCUCACCUGAUCUCUGACCAGCGAAGAGCAAUCCCCGUUCAGAGAGAGAGAGAGAGCGUUUGGCCGCAGGCUAGUAUCGUCCAUCGACGCGUGUCGCACAGGGUCCUGCUCCUGCUGGCCAUCCAUCGGAUCUGGCGUCUAUAGAUAUAUGAAUAUAUGUAAAUGAAUGUGUAAAUCCGUGUGUGCGUGUAGCUAUUGAUUUAUAUACAUGUCUGUGACGAAUAUUUGCAUGCAUAUAUUGAGGCGUCUUCGCCUGUUUAUUUGUCAGCAGCAUUCUGGGCGACAUUUAUCGAGCCUUAUAAUUUCGGCACCGUCUGAUGACGUAUUGUGUGGGCCUGGUGGCCCUCUCAGCUGUACAUUCCAAUGAACGCUCGCUGUGGCCUGUCGCUGCCGGCUGACUACCGAGGUCGACCCAGAUGGACAACCAGAAUAAAGCAGUACUGAUCAUC